AUGGGUUCGCCGUCGACCGCAGCGGACCCGAUGGCCGCCACUUCUUCGGGACCGCAACUUCUGGAGUUUGAGAGAGAGAUGCUAUUGAAUGUGUUGAACGAUAACUCGCUGACCAUCGCAUCCAAAGGCAUAGCCGUCGACCGAUUGUUGCUUCACUUGACACAGACCUACUCCGAGCGGACACAACUGGUUCUGGUUAUCGGCACUAAUGCUGAACUCGAGGACUACAUUAUGACAGCGCUGUCGGCGCCCGACAGCCCGAUGGCUGUCACUCAACCGCCCAGACGUUUGACUGCCGACAGCUGUUCCGCUGCCGAUCGUCACGAGGUCUACAUGAGUGGUGGCGUUAUCUUCAUUACGGCCCGCAUUCUUGUGGUCGAUAUGUUGACCGCCGGGAGAGUGCCCUUUGAGUUGAUCUCCGGUCUUAUUGUAUACAACGCCCACACGAUUGUCACGGACUGUCUUCAGGCGUUUAUCGUACGCCUGUAUCGCAUGAACAAUAAGACUGGUUUCGUGACCGCACUCUCGCAGACGAGUAACGCAUUCAUCGGACAGUUCGGCAAAUUGGACAGAACUAUGCGAUACCUCUUCGCCACAAAACUCUAUCUGUGGCCGCGAUUUCACGCGGCGAUCACCGACUCAUUGGGCGCCCGCACGGCUCCCAAUGUGAUCGAAAUACGACUCUCGAUGACACCGUUGAUGAAGAAGAUCCAGUUCUCGCUGAUGGACUUGAUCUCCAUGUGUAUCAAAGAGUUGACAAACUCUAACACCAGUUUCCUAUAUGACUGCGAAGAGCUGAACGCAAUGAAUGUCAUUUCAUUGAACUUUAAUUCAAUGGUCAAAAGACAGUUCGAUCCGAUUUGGUAUCAGUUGAGCGCGAAGUCCAGACGUAUGGUAUCGGACAUCAAACUCUUGAAGCAAUUGCUGUUCAAUUUGACUCAAUACGAUUCGGUCACGUUUUACCACGAGAUCAAAGCUAUUCGACAGAGUGUUGUGUUGAACGCCGACACUUCCGAUUGGCUCUUUUGGGAGCCGUCGGAGACCCUCUUCACGGUAUCCAAAGAGAGACUUUACUCACAAAAGAAUGGCAAACAGAUCAUAGACAUUGAGGUGAAUCCCAAGUGGAAUGCCUUUUAUGAAGUGAUCCAAGAGAUCAAGAAUGAGACUCAAAAUGACAGCCAAACGGUUGAUGUGAUAGUGAUUGUGGAGAACAUGAAUACCGCCGAAAGUCUGGAGAAGUUUCGCGACAAAGGCGUCGACACUGUAUUACAAGAGUUGCACCAAAAAUGUGAACUUCUAUUGAAUGGUAAAAGUGAGACAAAAACGAGAGAUAAGCCGAAGAAAGCGCCAGAAAAGGAGGAAAACGUGCAAACAUUGACACAAAUGUUGAAGUCAUACGAGAAAUGUGAGGAGAGUUUUACGGCUGAACGCAAACUAGAACUCCAUUAUCACGAUUGGCACCAAAAGGGCGUCCAUUUGAUGAAUAUGUUGACUGUUUUGCGGCCAAAAUACGUGAUACUAUACGAUCCCGAUAUGCAAAGCAUCCGACAUAUAGAGUCCUAUCAGGGGUUGUAUUUAUCGCCCGAAGCCGUCAAAGUAUACUUCUUUCUGUACGACGGGUCCGCCGAAGAGCAACGAUAUCUCAAGAAUUUACACAUUGAAAAGGAGGCGUUUGAGGCCCUCAUUAAGACUAAAGCCUCGCUCGUCAUACCGUCCGAUAGGGAUGGCAAGAGUGACACACAUCCAGACCUGAUCCGCGGCAAUGACGACUGUUUUGUCUUAGAAUCCAAUUCACGGAUAGGCGGCGGACAGACGCAAGCGUCGCAAGAGAUGCCAACGAAACGGAUUAUUAUAGAUAUGCGUGAGUUUCGGUCCGAUUUGCCGACACUUAUACACAAACGCGGUAUAGAUAUAGAGCCCAUCACUAUAGAGAUCGGCGAUUAUAUACUGACACCCGAAACAUGUGUUGAACGCAAAUCUGUGAGCGAUUUGAUCGGUUCGCUAAACUCUGGCCGUCUCUACACACAGACAGAAGUGAUGUGCCGUUACUAUAAGCGACCGCUUCUUCUCAUUGAAUUUGACGAUCAAAAGUCGUUUAACUUUAAGGGCAAGUAUUGGGGACAACACGCGGCCAUCAGUGGCUCUUCCCAUUGUAGUCGGCCGAGCGUUUUGUCACAAUUAGUUGUUCUGACCAUUCAUUUCCCAUUACUCCGAUUGCUUUGGUCUCCGUCUCCGCACUUCAGCGCCGAAGUGUUUGAAUACCUGAAACAGGAUAAGGAAGAGCCCGACCAGAAGGCAGUGUUGGCCAAAACCAAUCAACAGUUGCCCACCGAAUACGUGAUCGACAAAUACGACAUCGAGACCAAAGAGUUUCUGCUGUGUUUGCCCGGCGUUAACAUCAUUAACGUGUAUUCCAUCAUGAAUUCGGUCAAAUGUAUCGCCCAUUUGAUCGAAUUGAGUGUCGAAGAGUUGACCGAAAUUAUGGGCAAUUCUAUGGCCGCCGAACAGCUGUUUAAGAGUCUGCACAACAAAGUUGUCGACCGAACCAAUGAAGACAUCAAUCGAUUGAAAGAGGAGAAGAAAGCCAAACGCUUUGCACACAAGAAACCCAAAACUAAUUGA